AUGGUCAACGGACUUCCGCUUGGGGAACUUCUAAAUGACCUGACUGGUAGUAAUGACGGGUCUGGUAAUGACGGGUCUGGGACAAUUUUAGGAGGAGUCCCUAUUGUUGGACCUCUUCUUGAAUCUGUUGUUGGAGACGGUAACGGAGCUACUGGAGGUGCAAAGCCUCUUACAGAUGCUGCUAACGGAGCUACUGGAGGUGCAAAGCCUGUUACAGAUGCUGCUAACGGAGCUACUGGAGGUGCAAAGCCUGUUACAGAUGCUGUUAACGGAGCUACUGGAGGUGCUGCAAAGCCUGUUACAGGUGCUACUAAAUAA